AUGAGUAAGAAAGAGGUAGAAAUUCCAUUGGUAUCAUCAGAUGAAGAGGAUUGGAUGUUUCCUGUAGACAACAGGAAAUGGUAUGAAAAGAUACCAGCAUUAAAGUGGUAUAAACAAUUUCAUAAACCAAGGAGCAUUUAUCGUCCUGAAAUUAUAAAUGCACCAAAAUAUAUUACCAACAAAGUAAGUAAUACUAGAACAACAUGGUACAGCUUUCUUCCUAUGUCAUUAUUUAAUCAAUUUAAAUAUUUCUAUAAUCUAUACUUUUUAUGUAAUGCAUGUUCUCAAUUAAUUCCAAUAUUUAAAGUUGGAAUGACGUUUACAUACUUCGCACCAUUAGUUUUUGUUGUUUGUUUAGCCAUUUGCAAAGAUGCUAUUGAUGAAAUUAGAAUUGCACUUAGAGAUGUUAAAUUAAAUAACGAACAAUUUGAAGAACUUCGUAAUGGUGAAUUUAUCCCUAUAAAAGCUAAAGAUAUACAAGUUGGUCAUAUUCUUCGUUUAAGAAAAGGCCAAAGAGUUCCUUCAGAUUUAGUAAUUCUACAAUCAUCAGAUGAAGAUGGUAGUUGUUUUAUUAAGACAGACCAACUUGAUGGAGAAACAGACUGGAAGUUUAGAAGAUGUAUCAAAGAAUUUCAAGGGCUAGAUCUUUUAUCAUUAGAGAACACAACAUUUUGUAUUGAUUGUGAAGCCCCACAAAAUGCAAUUUAUAGUUUUACUGGUAGAAUCAGAAAAGAAAACGAUACUAUUCCAGUGUCUGUUGAUAACACAGCUUGGGCAAAUACAGUAUUAGCAAGUGAAGAAAUUAUUGGUGUUGUUAUUUAUACUGGAAAAGAGACUCGAAGUUCAAUGAACCGAAAUGGUCAGAGAAAUGUUAAGUGGGGAAGGGUUGAUAUGGCAUUAAAUAGUGUAUCAAAGGUAUUAUUUUGUAUUAUGUUAGGAUUAUCUAUAUUAAUGGUAGUUCCAGAUUUAUGUAGAGGUAUUUUUUCAUCAUUUACAAUUGUGAUUGUUGUUCGAUUCAUGAUUUUGUUUUCAUCUAUUAUUCCAAUUUCAAUAAGAGUAAAUUUAGAUAUUUCUAAGUUAAUUUACUCUAUGUUUAUUUCUACUGAUGAAAAAAUAGAAGGUGCUGAAGUUAGAAACUCUUCAAUUCCAGAAGAACUUGGACAAGUUCAAUUCUUAUUAUCAGAUAAAACAGGGACAUUAACAAAAAAUGAAAUGUCUUUUAAAAUCCUUUCACUUGGUAAUCAAACAUAUUCAGUUGAUAGUGCUGAAGAAAUAAAAGAAGAAUUAAAAGAGUAUACUCAAAUUGAUUCUAAUAGUACUAUCUUACAAAAGAAUUCUACUAGUAAAUUAUUUGAAUGUAUUAAAGCAUUAGCAUUAUGUCAUAAUGUCACUCCAUCAAUUUCUAAUGAAGGAGAACGGUAUUAUCAAGCAAGUAGUCCUGAUGAAGUUGCUUUAGUUAAAUUUACUGAGUUAGUUGGAAUUACUUUGAAAGAGAAAACUUAUACAACAAUGAAAUUAGAUAUUGAAGGUAAAGAAAAGAAAUAUGAAAUAUUAAAUAUGUUUCCUUUCAGUUCCAGUACUAAAAGAAUGGGGGUAAUUGUUAAUAGUGAUGAAGGAAUUGUUUUGUAUAUGAAAGGGGCUGAUAGUGUAAUGUCCAAGUUAAUUGAUAAUGUCGAAUGGUUAGGUGAAGAAUGUGGAAAUUUAGCAAAGGAUGGAUUGAGAACAUUAGUAUUUGGAAAGAAAGUUAUAAGUAAAGAAGAUUAUGAGACAUUUAAAAAGGAAUUUAAUGCAGCUAGUUCAGCUAUGACUGAUCGUGAUGAAUUAAUAACUAAAUCUAUUGCUAAAAUUGAAAAUAAUUUAAAAGUGUUAUGUAUUACUGGUGUAGAAGAUGAAUUACAAGAUGACGUUCAACAAUCACUUGAAAUGUUGAGACAUGCUGGUAUUAGAACAUGGAUGUUAACUGGAGAUAAAGUAGAAACUGCGUUAUGUAUUGCUAAAUCAACUCGGUUAAUUGGAGUAGAUCAAGAAGUAAGAGAAUUCUUUGCAAAUAGUGUUCAAGAAGCAGAAAUAUUAAUGGAAAGAUAUUCAAUAAGUAUAGAAAGUGAUGGACUCAUUGUUGAUGGAUCAACACUUUCAUUAGUACUAAAAGAAAUCCCAGACAAAUUUAUUCACUUUGCAUUACAAGCAAAAAGUGUUAUUUGUUGUAGAUGCAUGCCAACACAAAAAGCUGAAAUUGUUUUAUUAGUAAAAAAAUCUGGAAUACGUACUUGUGCUAUUGGAGAUGGAGGUAAUGACGUAAGUAUGAUUCAAGCAGCUGAUGUUGGAUUAGGAAUUGAAGGAAAAGAAGGCAAACAAGCAUCAAUGGCAGCAGAUUUUUCAUUAAAACAAUUUAGUCAUAUAACGAGAUUAUUGUUAUGGCAUGGAAGAAAUUCAUAUAUUCGUUCAAGUGAUUUGGCAUUAUUUAUUAUGCAUCGAGGAAUGAUUAUUUCUAUUAUGCAAGCUAUCUUUAGUGCAAUAUUUAACUUUGCUCCAGUGGCAUUAUUCCAAGGAUUUUUGUUAAUGGGAUAUGCUACUUAUUACACUAUGCUUCCUGUUAUUUCACUUAUUCUUGAUGAACGAGUUAAUGAACAAAAGGUUAUGGAAUUUCCUGAUCUAUAUCAUCAACUUCAAACAAAACAACGUCUAUCUUUAAGUAGUUUGAUUGCUUGGGUGUCUUUAAGUAUAUUACAAGCUGUAAUUAUUAUGUUCUUAUGUAUGGUACUCUUUAAAGAUACUUUCCUUAAUAUUGUAUCAAUUUCAUUUACUGCAUUAAUUUUAAUCCAAUUAAUUAAUGUUGGAUUUACAAUAAGAAGAUGGAAUUGGAUUAUUCUUGGUUCAGAAAUAUUCUCUAUAGCAAUUUAUUUCAUCUCCUUCUUUGUAUUAAAGUCUUAUUUCGACCUUUCUUUUGUUUUUAGUUGGGAAUUCUGGUGGAAAUUGGUAGUUAUUAUAUUAUUGACUUCAAUUCCAUUCAUUGCCAAAUUCUUUUAUCAAUUAAUUUUCCCACCAAAAUACAUGACAGUAGAAAAUAGGCGUUGUCCAGUGAGUUUCAACUAUAAAUGUCCAAAGAUGAAAUUCUUUAAUAAGUAUUUACGUUACCUAUCAUAUUUGAAUCCAUAUAACUAUUGCCACAAAAAUGAAGAGAACAAACAAAUGAAAAGAAUAGAUUAA